GGAUGGGCUGGCGCCGCGCACGGGCGGGCCGGGGGCCGCUGGGGCGGGCGCGCUGCGGGGCCCAGAUCGGCCCGUGGGAGAGGCGAUGGUCGUGGCGCUGUCUCCGCAGGGAGCGUGCUGGACCAGAGCCUGGAGAGCCUCCUGCACCGCCUGCGCGGGCUGUGCGACAACAUGGAGCCCGAGACCUUCCUGGACCACGAGAUGGUGUUCCUGCUGAAGGGGCAGCAGGCCAGCCCCUUCGUGCUGCGCGCCCGGCGCUCCAUGGACAAGAGCGGGAUGCCCUGGCACCUGCGCUACCUGGGACAGCCCGAAAUAGGCGACAAGAACCGCCACGCGCUGGUGCGCAACUGCGUGGACAUCGCCACGUCCGACAACCUGACGGACUUCCUGGUGGAGAUGGGCUUCCGCAUGGACCACGAGUUCGUGGCCAAAGGGCACGUGUUCCGCAAGGGCAUCAUGAAGAUCGUGGUGUACAAGAUAUUCCGCAUACUGAUGCCAGGAAACACGGAGAGCAUUGAGCCGCUCUCCCUCUCCUACUUGGUGGAGCUCAACGUAGUCGCACCAGCAGGGCAGGACAUUGUUUCUGAUGACAUGAGGAACUUUGCUGAGCAGCUGAAGCCUCUAGUACACCUGGAGAAAAUUGACCCCAAAAGACUGAUGUGAUUGAAAAUCUGGGCCAUUAAGGCACUAGUUUUGUGUUUCAGAAAAGGAUGUUUUUCUAAAAAGUUUUUGUGGGCAAAUCAAAACAGGGAGAAGGGAAUAAAGUACUAUGUAUCAUUUUUCACAGUUGCAA